AUGAGUAGCCCAAAGGCGCCAAAGUCGCCGGAGUCACCGCCAAAGUCAUCGCCGAAGUCGACGUCCCCCACCCCUGGGCCAGCAUCUCCUCCUCGGGAUCUAUUAGGCGAUGCAGGCGCCGUAAUCGAAGACCUCGAGGAUGCCUCAUCCGUCUACGCCCAAUCAACGGUGACGGACACUACAUCGCUCCGGUCUUCCAUCUUAGAUUUCAAGUGGGAGAAUGGGCGACGAUAUCACGCCUACCAAGAUGGCGCCUACUGGGGUCCCAAUGACGAGAGGCAACAGGAUGCAGAGGACUUAAUGCACGAAAUGUACCGAAUUGUUCUCGACAACAAACUAUACGUAACUCCGAUCGGAGACAAUAUUCAGCGAGUUCUUGAUGUCGGUUGCGGAACGGGAGCGUGGGCCAUCGACUUCGCAGACGAGAAUCCAGCCUCCGAGGUCAUUGGCGUCGACCUGUCCCCAAUCCAACCAAGCUUCAUUCCACCCAACUGUAAAUUCGAGGUCGACAAUGUUACUAAAGACUGGACAUUCCCCGAAAAUCAUUUUGACUUCAUUCAUAUUCGAUAUAUGACGGGUUGUAUUCCUGACUGGGUCGGCUUCUAUAAGAAGAUUAUGCGACACCUAAAACCUGGAGGGUGGAUCGAACAUGUCGAGCUGUCAAGUGUCGCUCGAUCAGACGACAAUACGCUUCGGCCUGGGGGUCCCCUAGUGAGGUGGGCAGAGAUAUUCCGGCAAUUUGGCGAACACACGGGCAAGACGUUCAGCAUCAGCGAAACCGGCCGGGAACUAAUUCGAGAGGCCGAAUUCAAGAAUAUCCAUGAACGCACGUUGAAGAUUCCAAUCGGGACGUGGCCAAAGGACCCGAUUCUGAAGAAAUGGGGACUCUGGAAUCGCCAGUUUCUUCUGCAAGGCCUCGAAGGAUUUUCGAUCCGCGGCUUAACAGACCUUCUGGGGUGGACAUUUGAAGAGGCACAGCUGUACCUCGUCGAUGCUCGGUCGGAAAUAACUGAUCCUAGGGUUCACUCGUACAUCGAGAUGAUGGUUGUCGGCGGACAGAAGCCAUUAGAGUAG